GUAUUGAUUCGAAUGCGCAAUGUCAAACAACGAUAGUCGGAAAUGCGGACGUUGCUUUCUGUGACUCGUCGCAUCGUUCCCUUGUAACGGGGCUAUUUGUUCAAAGACUUAUUCGCAGUGAAGGAAAAAGUGCGUGGCAAGACGAGAAUUGGAAAACAUGGUUGGACCAAAUGUUUCCUUGUGACUAACCGUUCCGGAUGGUGGGACAACCUCUACACAGGGCGCAUCCUUCAGGACACCUUCCGAACACGAACGUGUAAAUACGGAACUCGCAACGCUUUGUAAGGUGUAUCCGGUGAGCCCUGUAACAGGGCCUGGUGCAGCAAGAUCUGUAUGGGAGCUAAGUCCCGACCCCGACAUGGUCGGGCAUCUACCAAACACUCCAAUUUCUAGCACUACCCAUCCGAGUCAUGGUUCUGCUAAGGGCAACGAUUUACAGACAAGAAACGGCCCCGAUGACAACAUUUAUGCGGAUGAACAUGCUCCAGGUCAAACACCAUCCGACGAAACAAAAAGAAUUUUCGAAUUACUUAGAUCUGGCGAAAUUGGAGCCGUCGAUGAACUGGUAGAAAAGAAUGGUUUAAGUGUAUUAAGCGCGAGAGAUGAAUGGGGAUAUACACCUGCCCAUUGGGCUGCUUUGGACGGAAACAUCGAAGUAAUGAGAUAUUUGAUAGAACGAAACGGACCGGUCGAUCUUUCUUGUCUCGGAACGCAAGGACCAAGGCCGAUACAUUGGGCUUGUCGAAAGGGUCAUAGCGCGAUAGUUCAAUUAUUAUUAAAGGCAGGAGUCGCCGUUAACGCGGCAGACUUUAAAGGAUUAACGCCUCUGAUGACUGCUUGUAUGUUUGAAAAAUUUGCAACUGCGGCAUUUUUAUUAGGAUCUGGUGCAUUGGGACAUUUAACAGACAUAAACGGCGACACUGCUCUUCAUUGGGCUGCGUACAAAGGCCACGCAGAGUUAAUAAGAUUACUUAUGUACAGUGGAGUAGACCUGCAGAAGCCUGAUUAUUUUGGAUCAACACCGUUACAUUUAGCAUGCCUUUCCGGCAACGUCAGUUGCGUGAAAAUAUUAUGUGAGAAAAGUAAAAUCGAAUUGGAACCACGCGACAAAAAUGGUAAAACACCGUUGCAGUUAGCAAAGAGUCAUAGACAUUCGGAAAUUGUAAGAAUAUUGCAAGCUGAACAAAAACGAAGAGCUAGAUGGAUUCCACCCAUCAACGAACUUUGGGCACUGUUAUUCGGCGGAGCUGGAAAUAGUAAAGGUCCUAUAUUAUUAUUUAUGAUAUCUGUUCUAUUAUGGGGAUAUCCAAUGUAUUUACUGAAGUGUAUACCGUUAACGUGGAACCUUUUACGUGGUAGCCACUAUUGCUUUAUUUAUUGGAAUACUGUUAUGUGGAUAUCAUGGAUUGUAGCAAACAGAAGGGAUCCUGGCUAUGUACCACAAAACAGUGACACCUACUAUAGGGCAAUUAAACAAAUUCCAUAUUUUGAUAAAUGGAAAAAGAGGAAUGUAUUAUUAUCGCGACUGUGUCACAGUUGUAGAUGCUUCAGGCCUUUGAGAGCUAAACACUGCAGAAUAUGUAACAGAUGCGUUACAUAUUUCGAUCAUCACUGUCCAUUUAUAUAUAAUUGCGUCGGUUUAAGAAAUAGGAUGUGGUUUUUUCUUUUUGUUAUGUGCGUAGCGAUAAACUGUUCGUUUUCGAUUUAUUUUGCUUGCUACUGCAUGGCAAUCGAAGGAAUUGAAUUACUAUAUGUAUUAGGUGUAUUGGAAGCUUUGGUCUUCUGUGGACUUGGAUGGAUUUUGACUUGCACUUCGGUAUUACAUGCUUGUAUGAAUUUGACCACAAACGAAAUGUUUAAUUAUAAAAGAUAUUCGUACUUAAGAGACAAAAAAGGCAGAUAUUUGAAUCCGUUUAGCCGAGGUCCAGUCCUUAAUUUUAUCGAAUUCUUCCUUUGCCCACCAAAUCAUCAAGCAAAUGAUCCCCAAAGUUACCAUAUACUUUCAGAGGAUAUCAUGUAAGAUAUUCUGAUCACUAUUUUACAGCAGUGUUGCACUUGUAGAAAAUGUGAAAAUAUUAUUAAUUAUGCAACUAAUGCUAUUUUUCGGAAUAAUUGCAACUAUACGUACCUGCACACGAUCUACAUUGUUACAGCUUCUAAUUUUAUCACUUUUUAUCUGUAUUGUUUGUGAGGUAUGUUUCAGUAAAUAAUUUAUUAAUUUAUA